AUGGGUCAAGACGAGGCCCAUUCCCGCGAUGGAAUCGACCCAGCGGUUGAACCGCACCCAGCAGUUGAGAUGGGCGAUUUCAACAAACAGGAUAUCUCCCAUGUCGAGCGGGUUCUGUCGCCGGACGAUGACCUGAAGAAGGAAGAUAUGGAUUUUUCCCGGGUGGAUAAGGAGAUUCAGAUGUAUGCCUCUCGAGGGCAAGUGGAGGUUGACGAGGCCACCAACAAACGCUUGAAGCGCAUGAUUGAUCGCCGUGUGUUGGUGAUCAUGAUCUGCACAUACUUCCUACAGGCGCUGGAUAAGGGCACCAUGUCCUUUUCGUCCAUUAUGGGAAUCAAGCAAGAUGCCCAUCUGGAGAAAGGACAAAAGUACUCAUGGCUCACAACUUGUAUCUACAUUGCGGUCCUUACCGUCGAAUACCCGACAAACUGGAUCAUUCAGCGAGUUCCGAUCGCGAAAUAUUUGGGAAUCAAUAUCUGUCUCUGGGGUACUACCCUGGCGAUGCAUGCCGCCUGCCACAACUUCGCGGGCUUGGUCACCGUGCGAACCCUGUUGGGUAUCUUCGAGGCUUGCUGUCAGCCCACUUUCGUCGUUCUAUCGUCCAUGUGGUAUAAACGAGAGGAACAGGCGGCCACGGUCACUUACUGGUACAUGAUGAAUGGUGCCCAGCAAAUUGUUGGUGGUCUACUGGCCUACUGCUUCACCUUGAUUGGAGGCGACAAGGUUCUCAAGUCCUGGCAGGCAUUGUUUCUCUCAUAUGGUGUCCUGUCUGUGUUCUGGGGUCUCUUCGUCAUUUGGUACAUGCCCGACUCUCCCAUGCGUGCCAAAUGCUUCAGUGAAGAAGAUAAGCAUCUUAUGAUUGAGCGCCUGCGAUCCAACCAGACUGGUAUUCAGAACAAGGAGUUCCGCUCCUAUCAAGUAUGGGAAGCCCUCCGUGAUCCCCAAACCUGGUGCUACUGCUCCAUCCAGAUCUUCACAACCCUCCCGACCAGUGGUCUGGGUGCAUUUGCGGGUAUCAUUAUGACUGGCUUCGACUUUACUACUCUGCAGAGUCAGCUCCUUGCCAUGGUCCUAGGCUUUUAUAUUAUUGUCAUCCUACUGACAUCAGCCUGGUUGGUCAAGAAGUAUAACCAGAACCUUCUCGUCAUGCUAGGAUUCGUCAUCCCUUCAUAUGUUGGAACUAUCGUGUUGAUGACAGUUGCAAACACUACGCUGUCCACCAAAGUCGGCCUGUUGAUCAGCUACUACAUCACCCUGUCCUUCUGGUCCGCUCAAACACUGUGUCUCUCUAUGGUGUCUCGAAAUAUUGCAGGACAGACUAAGAAAGCGACCGUUGUCGCUGCCACUUUUAUUUCGUGGGCUGCUGGCAACGCGAUCGGCCCUCAAGUGUUUCUGGAUUGGGACGCACCGCGGUACCAUAUUGCUUGGAGUGUGCAUCUUGCUUGUUACGCCUGCAUGACUGCAGCUGUCAUCUACCUGCGUUUCCACCUGAUUCGUCAGAAUAAAAAGAAGGAUGAGAUGCUCGCUGCUGCAGGCGUCACUGCAGCAGAUCCAAACCUGAUCCACGCGUUCGAGGAUAAGACUGAUCAGGAAAACAUUAACUUUCGAUACGUGUACUAA